CCUCAACAAGGGCCUCUACAUAGCUUCAAAAGGACUCCUCUUUCUCUUUCUCUCUCUAUCUAUCUCUCUCACACACACAUACAUACUUUUGUUAGCAUCAAAAUGGGGGAGAAAUCAAGACCGGUGAUCGGAAAGUUGAUGGAGGCUCUGGGAAGUGAUGGGUUUAGCAGCGAUUCAGCCACUAGUCCAAGAAGUCCAUUGGACUUGAUGAUCCUAUCGCCUAGAGGCUUAAUGAAAUGUGAUUUCAGCGGGAUCGGUCUGGGCAUUGUGGCAGCAAUGGAUAACGGAGGCCUCCAUACUAAGGCUGCUUUUGGUCGUAUCAGAAUCCCUAAAACUGGGGAUGAGGAUGAAGAUUACACUUGUGUAAUCAGCCACGGCGGCCCAAACAAGUCUUUCUCAAGAAGAGUGUAUUUUCACGAUGACAUCAGGAAGAAAGGUCAGAACAACAAAAACAACAACAAGAAGCUUGUUCCAUCGUGUAUGUUUUACAUAUCUCAAGAUGGGAUCUCCGAUGAUCUACCUGCUUCCGAUUCUUUCCUGAUCUCGUGUGACCACUGCCGGAAGGGACUCCAGGGGAAGGAUAUAUACAUGUACAGGGGAGAAAGAGGAUUCUGCAGUGAGGAAUGCAGGGAGGCAGCGAUGCAAGUGAAGGUGGUUGGCACUAAUUCUAUCUGGUCUGCUGCUGAUGAUAAUAAUAAUCACAUAGAGAAUAGAUCGGACCGGAUUUGGUCUACCAGAGACAGAGUUGUUGCUGCUUGAUGAUGAUGAUCAGUUGAAGAAGAAGAAGACGACCCACGGAUGAGCAAUGAAAUAAAUUUAAAUAAAUAUAUAUAAGUAUUAAUGUACAUAUACUACACUACACAAGAUGACAGUUACUACCCCCAUUGAGAAAGGAGACAUUGGAAUUUUGAAAAUCAAAUCUCCCUCACUUUCUAGAUCUUUCCUACCCUUGGAAGAAGAAGAAGAAGAAAGGUAAACCCUUGGUUUCUCGUAGAUGAAGAAAGAGUUAUUAUUGAUGAUGAAUCCAUCCAUCCAUCCAUGUGUAAAAGGCCAAAAAUUUUGUGAUAUGCCUUUUCCUGUCAUAUUAUCUGUUUAAGGACCUACCAAUUUUCAAGUUCAA